AUCCUUAAACACAAGUUAAAAAAUACUGAAACGGAAUCGAGUUCUCUCUCUCGGCGCCGUCGUAUAAAAAAAACCUCACCGCCGUAGCCAUCAACCCACCUUCGUUUCAGAAAUGGCGAAUAAGAUUGCAAUGUUUCUAUCGGAAGCAAUAAACAACAAUGCUGUCAUAAACACUUGUCUUGGGGUAUCGUUUGUGGUUUUGGGAUUGAGAUCUGAUCAACAGCAGAAGUAUGUCGAGGCCUUAGCAGAGCAGAAGGAUUCGCUUUCCAAGUCUAACAAGGCAAUGAAAGUCACUAUGUGGGAGUGGAAACAGCAGCUCUUUGCUGAAGCUGCUUCCGCUGGUGCUUCUGCGGUUGUUCCUCUUUCCACGCUCAAGGCCAUCUAUGGUGAAGUCAUAGCAACUACUCAGUCAGGUGACACAGCCAAGGAAGAGUCUAAAGUGUCUACCCCCAAGAUCAUGAUAUGAGAGGGUUGCUCGCAUCAAUUUCUAGAUUUUUCAAAUGUUGAGUUGAGAUUUCAUUGAGAGUAGUUAACGAUAAUGUUUGUGGUUGCAUCGUAAACCUUUCUCUUACAGUGGCCAUGUUGAACAGAUUUACCUUGUUAAUGGCUGUAAUGUUGUGUUGUGUUGUGUCGUGUCGUGUCGUGUAUGUCUUUUAAAUUUGUGGGCACAAUUUUUGGUUAGAGGUCU